AUGAAGAAUUUAACUAUUUCUAUAUCCCUGUCUUCAUUAAGCAGAUCUCCAUUGCUUACAGGAACAUCGUCAUUGUCGGGAAAUUCAUUUAAAUUAACUAAUUCCUAUUUUUCUCGGCAUUUUUCACCAAUUUUUUAUACAAAUUCGAAUAGAAUCCAAUUUCAAUCAUAUAAAUCGCAAUUUAAGAACAUCCUAAGUGCUCCAUUAUCAUUUUCAACGCAUCAACAAACGUGGAAUUUAAUUUAUGAUUUUAAAACUUCACGUAACUCUUUUAUUUUCAUUGCUUACACUCAAUUUAUACAUUGUGAAAAUAGUAGUGACUUGUAUUCCCAGUAUGGUGGCGGAAUUUACGUUAAUUAUGGUCUUGAUAUCGAAACAAAGGUAAAAUUUUUAUAUGUUGGCUUUUACAACUGUACAUCAAAGAAUGCAGGCGCAUUCUAUAUUUACGCCAAGCAUUUUGAAUCAAAAUACAUUUGUUGUUCAAAUUGUCGCGCAGAUACAAUACAAGUUGGAGCCUUAAUCACACAAACAUCUCAAAUCGCCGAAUCUACAUUAAUCCAAAACGGUCUCGUUGAAAAUCAUUUUAAUGACGUUGAAUCUCAAGUACCAAUGAAGUUUUCAUUUGGAAAAAUUUCUAGUAUUAAUACAAAUUAUACUAAUAAUCGUCCGCAGUAUGCAGCUUUCUUUUCAGUUUCGUAUACAAAAGAAUUUUUAUCAAAAUUCGAAUUCUUCUAUAAAGGAAUUGCUAAAUAUGCUUUCCAAGUUAGCAGAGAUAUAUCUAUCAAACUUGAUACUUGCAUUUACAUUGAAAAUAAUGUUAAAAAAGUUUUUAACAUUAUUCACUAUAAAUAUAUGACAAUUAGCGCGAAUAACACGAUAUCAACACAUACAGAGUCUGGUACAAUUAUUCUUAUUAACUCUUGCAAAUUUGAUAUUCCAGAAAAAGAAAUUAAAUAUAACAAGAAUAUUAUCUUUAAAUUUGUCGAUUGCGAUUAUUCCAAUCAUGUAUUCAAUCAAGAAAAUAACCAGAUAGAAUGUAAUAUCCUUGAUCGCUUCGCUGAAUACGAUAAUAUCGAAGAUAUUAUUGGACCUGCUUCUUGGCUGCCAUUUGUAGGAAUCUUAGGCAUUAUUAUUGCUUUGAAGAUAAUGUAUAAUGCAUGUGUAUCGAAUUACCAAACUACUGUUAAUUUUUCUGUUGUAUAA